GACCAGUGGAGUGUAACCACUCAGUUGACUGUCAGUACUGAAAGUAAAUUGGUGACAAUGACUACUUAAUUCUUUGCCCGAGGUGCAGUGACAUUAAUUGUUUUUCAGUCUUCCGAAGUCUGUCGAAGACAUUGCUAUAUAGAAUUUGAACCUUGCUUCCGUGGCCGAUUCUGUGUUGCGUUCGUCAUUAGGAUUAUUAUCAUCGCUCCUGUCAAUAUGAGCUCCCGUCAGUGCCAGAACUGUGGCGGGGCAGAUAUCGAUAUCGACCAGGCUCGAGGUAGCGCCGUCUGCACGGCAUGUGGAUCUGUACUCGAGGAUAAUAUUAUCGUGUCUGAGGUGCAGUUUGUGGAAAAUAGUGGAGGGGGUGCGUCGGCAAUCGGGCAGUUUGUUUCUGCAGAUGGCCCUGCAAAGACCCCGGUGCUGGGCAGCGGCUUCCACACCAGCCUCGGAAAGGAAUCGCGGGCUCAGACACUACAGAACGGGAAACGGCAAAUACACAGCCUGGGCAGUCAGUUGCAGCUGAACCAGCACUGUCUCGACACAGCCUUCAACUUCUUCAAGAUGGUGGUGAGCAAGCACCUGACGAGGGGCCGCAAGAUGACCCACGUCAUAGCUGCCUGCCUGUACCUGGUCUGCCGAACGGAGGGCACACCCCACAUGCUACUGGACCUGAGUGAUCUCUUACAGGUGAAUGUGUAUAUACUAGGGAAGACUUUCCUGCUCCUGGCCAGGGAACUCUGCAUCAACGCUCCUGCUGUUGAUCCAUGUCUAUAUAUUCCACGCUUUGCUCACAUGUUGGAGUUUGGGGAGAAGACCCAUGAGGUGUCCAUGACUGCACUGAGGCUUCUGCAGAGAAUGAAGAGGGACUGGAUGCACACAGGACGCAGGCCAUCCGGACUCUGCGGUGCAGCUCUGCUGGUGGCAGCCCGCAUGCACGAGUUCCGUCGCACGGUGAAGGAAGUCAUUCGUGUGGUGAAGGUGUGUGAGGCCACUCUCAGGAAGAGGCUGACAGAAUUUGAGGACACUCCCACCAGUCACCUCACCAUCGACGAGUUCAUGCGUGUGGACUUGAACGAGGAGUGUGAUCCUCCUUCUUUUGUUGCCGGUCAGAAGAAGUUAAAGAUGCAGCAGCUGGAACAAGAGCUGGCCAGGAAACUCGAUGAAUAUCAAGGUGAGAUCAGCUCGUACCGGGACGAGAUCGAGACAGAACUGGAGAACAGCAGGCCCAAACUGAGAGGGAGUUAUGCCUCCUACGCCAAGCGAGAGGCCCACGAUGACAGCCUGUCUGGAGUCUCUGAGCUUACUGAAGAGGGAGAGGACCUGGAAGACGAGGAGCUGGAGGCAGCAGCCCAGCACCUCAACCAGGACUUCAUAAACCAGGUUCUUCCAGAACUGGAGCAGGGCCCUGAGGGGAGUGCAGAGGCCCAGGAGCUAGGUAAGGAGCUAGCCGAGCUCCCCAGCGCCUCAACCCACGUGCCUCUGACCGCCCUGCUGGGUCCCUUGCCCAGUGCUGCCAGCCUGGGGCUCAGUGACUCCAUCCGCCAGUGCAUAACAGAGGAAAGAGGAGACGACAACAAAUCCGAAAGUGGUGAGCUUGAUCUGGAAGGCAUCGAUGAGGACGAGAUCGAAAAGUACAUUCUGAAUGAGAAGGAGGUGCAGGCUAAGACAGAGCUGUGGAUGAAGCAGAAUGAGGAGUAUCUGAGGGAGCAGAAAGAAAAAGAGGAAAGAAUAGCUAAGGAGAAAGAGCAGGGCAUCUAUAAGGAGAAGCCCAAGAAGCCGUCCAAGAGGCGGGAGCCCAUUCGAGCCAGCACUGCAGGGGAGGCCAUCGAGAAGAUGCUGGAGCAGAAGAAGAUUUCCAGUAAAAUCAAUUACGAUGUGCUGCGAGACCUCAACAGCAAAGGCAGCGGGGGCAGUCCGGCCCAUCAGGCCGAGGAGACGCCCGUCCCUGGCCCUGGGCGCAAGAGGCUCGCCCGCCGCAAGAAGCAGCCCAACAAAGGCAACCUUGGCCUUGCCAAGCCCGCCAGCCUGAUGGGGAAGAGGCUCCGCCCCCUGAUAUCAUCGAGUCCCAAGAAGAAGAAAGCGGUUGCCCAGGUUGUGCCCAACCCAAUGAGCGUGCCCCCAGCAACCCCUGAGCCGGCUCCUGUCCCUGCGUCUCCUCCAGUAAUAGAGAGUGGCCCCGUGGCGUAUGAGGAGCCCACUGAGGAGGACGAGGAGGCCGAGGCAGAGGAGCCCUGUGUUAGCGCCAUGGAGCUUAUGGGAGGCAACGAAUAUGGCCGUGAAGUUGAAGAGGAAGAGGUUUUCUAGUCGAUUGUUCCUCCCAUUCUUCGUGCUUCUGUUGUCAUCCAGGAGAGGCAAGGAGGAGAACAAGGUUUGGACACGUGUGCUGUUGUAGCUACUGUGAAAGAACAUUCCAGAGUCCCUGCAUUCUCAUGCACGGGGGGGGGAUCUGUUCGACUCCUGCAGCAUCUCAGGCCAUGGACAGACAUCUGGGGUUGCAUGUAACGUGUGGGCCAGACAUGACGGGGGACCAAAGCUGCAAGUGAUGUUUCCUGGUCUGCCUCACACUAAUCCAGGAGCUCUGCUGUUGUAGUGAUUUGACUGGUAGUUACCAGACAAUGUCCGUGCCUGUAAGAAUCCUAAUAAGUUGUCAGGCAUCCAGUUAUGCUAGUGACAUGACUGGAGACACAGCUGAGGUAACUAUACUAUUCAUUGAUGGAGUAACUCCAUAUACCUAUCUCACUCAGACAUGGGGAUGGUUGUUUUAUCAAGUCUGAUUUGACCUGCCACCAUCGUCCACGUGUAUUUUAAGGUUUUUCACAUUCAAUUUGUAAAAGUCCAGUAGUUUGUGGUUUUUACAGAGGCCAGCAAUUGUUCGAUGUGCACUCAUGGAUGCUCAGUGGAAGAUAUUUUGUGCUAAAAAUGUUAACAGGUGCAUUUAUUUUUGUGCUGUUUCAGUGUUGAACAUUUUAAAUGUAGUUUUAUCUUUUUAAAUGUAUAAUAUUGAACCUCACAUCAGCAAAAGAGCAUGCAUGUCUGUAAAUAAAUGUAAAUAUUUGUGUUGUGGUAUAA